AUGUCAAUGCACUGUCUACUACAUUCCGUCACUUUCACAACACUGCUCAUGGCAAUAGCCACAGCCAUAACCACCGUCCGCGCCACCGUCACUGCUUCUUCUUCACCCAUCAAAGGUUCAUACUGGUUUGAUCAAGAAACAUUUCCAGUUUUCGCCAUAAACACAACCUAUCUCACACACAUCUUCUACGCGUUCCUCUUACCCAGCAACACGACCUACACCCUCGAAAUCACCGCUUCCAACGCCACCAGCCUCUUGAAAUUCACCACCACCCUCCGCUCCAAGUACCCUCCCGUCAAAACCUUAGUCUCCAUCGGCGGCGCCGCCAGCGACGCUGCUCUCUUCGCUCGCAUCGCCGGAAACGCAGAUGCGCGAGCCGCCUUUAUCGGCUCCUCCAUAGUCGUCGCGCGCCGUUUCGGCUUUGACGGCCUCGACCUCGACUGGGAGUUCCCGCGCACUGCGGUGGAGAUGAGCGACCUCGCCGUCCUCCUCCGACAGUGGCGUAUUGCGAUCCUCGCCGAGUCAGAGCUUACCGGCCGUCCGCCGCUUCUCCUAACAGCCGCCGUCUACUUCGCCAGUGACUUCAUCCUCGCCGCCGGUCCGGCGCCGUCGUACCCGGUGAUCGCUAUGAAUAAGACCCUUGACUUUAUCAACGUCAUGAGCUACGACCUCCACGGAGCGUGGAACAACGAUACCGGAGCUCCAGCAGCGUUAUUCGACCCGAAAGGGAACGUAAAUGCUGUUUACGGGCUUCGGUCAUGGAUUCGGGCUGGGAUCUGCCCGAAGAAGGUGGUUAUGGGUUUGCCCCUUUAUGGGAAGAAGUGGACCCUACUUGACCCGAAUGUGACUGAAAUCGGAGCAGCAGCUAUUGGGAUAAAACCCGAAUCCGGUGGGGAUGUGCCUUAUUUUCAGAUUGAGGUGUUUAAUAAGGAAAGUGAUGCCACCGUCGUGUACGAUCCAGAUACGGUGUCGGCGUAUUCGUACGCGGGAACGUCAUGGGUCGGGUACGAUGACCCAAUGACAGUGACCGUGAAGAUUGGGUUUGCUCAGGCUCUGGGACUUCGUGGAUAUUUCUUCUGGGCUGCUGGCUUUGAUCGUGAUUGGAAGAUUACUGAGCAAGCUUCGAAAGCCUGGAUAAUUACAUGAAUGAUAAGAAUGAAGGUUUAAAACUUGAUUUCAUUGUUUGUGUUAUGAUUCGUCCUUGUCUUGAAUUGUGGGAAGGUUCAAAGUUGUAACAGUUCAACCAUUCAUUGAAUAAAUGAUGUCCAAUAUAUAAUCAGAUCGCAUGGUAACAUCCAUUCAAGUUAAACUGGUCAUGGAAUCAUCAUAUCAUCAUGUCAUUAUGAUUGGCUAUAGCCACCAAAGCAGAGCAGUCGGCUUUACUUAUUUAUAACAAUAAUUAGGGUUUGACUGGCGGAGAUGCUCAAGUGACUUUUCAUUUUAGUAAUUUGUUUAACAAGGUAUAAUACGAGUAUCUUGUAACGGAUAAUUAUAUUAAUCAAACAAUUGUAAUUCAUAUUGAUAUUUAAAGAAAUAAUAUUGGUAAUCGUAAAUUA